AUGUUAGGCGGGCCAACUCGCUCUCUUCAUGUGUUGUGGGGUCAGACCCUCGCCCGCUAUGUACCACCGCACAGCCCCUCCGGCCUUGUGCGUGGCCAUUUGCUUCACCGCUACCCCGUCUCCGGCGCUGUCGCUGCUUCAUCACCGGUGCAGAAAAGCGACGCAGAAGUCGAAGCGUACGUGAGUGCCGCGGAGUGGCUGCCUGCACGCACCCCCGCCGAGGUGGUGCUUAACGCAAAUGAGUUUUCGACCGUUUAUGCCGUUCCCACGGCGAGUCCCGAGGACGUUCGAUUGUGCACGCGCUACCUCCUAGCCACCUCCAGCACCACAGCUCCCGUUGCAGUGGGAAACCCACCGUUGCGUGAUGGGAACGUGACCACUGCCACAGUCAUGAGCGACUUGCAGGACACCGGUACGAGCACCUACGAGGCAUCUCCUGGUCGAAAACGCAUUACUUCCGCUCCCCUUCCUUCGAUCAUCACCACUCUAUGUGCUCUUCGCCACGUUCUCGGCGAACAUCAGCGCCUUCUCGCUGGGGCAGAGGCUCUGCAAACUGGUGUCCCCAUCUCGUGCAUCUUGGCAGAGCUCGAGGAGGCGCAGCUGUACCUAACCUGGAGCCUUGGUUCACACCAAUCGGAUCCAUUGACUCAGGGGGUAUUGCCCAGGCCUUGUGAUCUCGUUUGUGGUGAUGGUCACAGUGACCACAUCAGUGUUUCGGCUGGAUUGAGGGAGGCAAUGUCGUCAUUGGCUGGUGGACGCGUGUUUGUGGAGGAGGGGGCUUCUGGGGGUGCUGCAGGUGCCGCCACAUCUCACCCAACUCUCGAUUCAAGGGAAAGGGGGAUAAAGGAACGCGUGGGGCUGCUGCUCCAGCGUUUUCAAAGAGAGGUGGCAUGCCUUCACAGCUGCGGGCCGCAGGGCACCUUAGCUGAAGCACCACACAAACUGAUGCCCAUCAACGCUGAAGGUGCACAGGGCAAACCGUUUCUACCACCGGCAGAGCCCCGUGUUCCUUUGCUGACGGUGGUGACUUCAACAGGUAGCAGCCUCGCCGCAGCUAUGAAGGCUGUGGCUGUAGCAUGGGCGUGUUGCGCUUGUGGGGUCAGGGGCAACAGUGCUGGUCCGUUGCGCUGCUGUGUGUAUGCCGAAGACAUUUUGUGGCGUCCGGCACCUGCAACGGCAUUUGCCGUGACAUGGUGGAUCGCACUCCUACAUCAGUACCAGCGCUCCAGUAGAGCCGCCAACUCUGCUGGCAACUCUCAUUCAUCACCCUCUAAUGCGGCCGCACAAUCCGGCUUGAAAAGGCACGCACCCCCCCGCACAGAUGCGGCUAGCGAGGGGAGCGGGGGGUGCCAUAGCGUUUCAGGAAACCGCAGCGAAGCAAGUUCCGCCGCUGCGUCUUCACCUUCGCUGUGUGACCUCCGCUUUCAUGUAUUGAUCACCGGUGGCGACACGGUCGAUCAUUUUCUCCUACCUCUGAUGGCUGGUGUGAAUGACUGCAGUGUGGGCACGCCCACUACAAACGCCCAACGUAGUGGGCGUAUCGACGUCACGGCGCAGAACGACGAUUGUGGCGGCGGUGACUUAACCAGGCCGUGUCGUGGCGAUGCGGCUCGUGUGUCUGCUGCAGUGCAGUCCGUAACUCGUCACAAGCCUGGAGGGCCUACUGCGCUGUUGUGUUAUGGCUGUCCCGCGGCUCAAGUAGCACAUCUGCGCGAGAUUCACCAUUCGUGCCUCCUCCGGCAAGACAUGGCCGAAUCUUCGGUGGCUAUCGAGUCACGAGAGGCGCUCAACAGGCGGAGUGACGAGCCCGCCAUCACUGAUCGAGAAAGUACCGCUGCUACCCCUGCCCAGUUCGACAAUUUACCGUCAAUGGAGAGGGUUGGUUGUGCCAUCACUGGCGUUGUAGAGUUGUGCACCGAGGCUCCGGCGGUCUCCAUGGUAGCAGCAUUGCCUCGAGCGUCGAGCGCUACUGCAGGCUCUUCAGUGGGGACUUCAAGUGCGUUAUCGCUCUCAUAUUAUCUACGCGGUGCAGGUCUUUCCCUGUCGCUCCCCUCUGAACCACAGCAAGUGUUGUCGACUCUCACAGCAUCAGCACGAUCGAUGACUCUCGACGAGGUUGCAGCGCGUGUCUUCGAGUCUAGCCUGCUGGAGCGGCCGCUCCGUCACGCGGACUUUCACGACUGUCAUCGAGGGACAUGCGUGAAUAAUUCACCGGAGUCGCCCUACGAGCCACAGACGGUGGCUGCGUCCGCAGCACUGCACGGGGGCGCGUCUUUCCAGAGAGGGUGGUGCUCUCUCUGCUUUGCACCGCAAACGCACGCCCCGGCGCUCUUGAGUACGCUGGCGCAGAGCCACUUCAGGCAGCCGCUGCGCGCCGGCCACAGCCUCGACGCGCUGUGCCGCAGAGGGCCCGCUCCGUCACCAUCGCAUAUGCAAAUGGCCCAAGAGGCGCUGCGGUGCGCCACCAGAGGUGGGUGUACGCACCGACACAUCCCCCAAGGCGGACAUCAGGGAGGCAAACAUGCAGGGGCGGGCUCGUCUCCCUCGCUGGCGCUCGUAUCUGUCGUGUCCACAUCGGCACCAACGUGUGCGAGCGAACGCGCCUGCGCGAAUGAGCGGUCAUUGCACUGUGGUGCGCUGCCUGAAGUGCAGUGGAAACACGUGUGCGGCGGCUUCCCACUCCCCCUGACCGCCAUAGGGGGCCGGAGCACACCGUACUUUGUGCCGUGCCUGCUGUUCACAGACUUGGUCGAGGUCGCAUCGAGUAUCUUUACGAAGAAGCAGGAGGGGCGACUGUCCCAAGCACGUAGCGAUGCAAGGCAACUGCGUUGGCCUGCUGCGCCAACCUCCCUCGAUGAUCAUGGUAGUUUGCCGCAAGAAGCACAUCGCUCGGGGGUCGGUGUCUCCCCACAAGAGGCUCUACGACACUUUGCGGAUGAGGAGUUCCGAGAGGAGCGGCGACAAGUGGCCUGUGCCGUAGCGGCAGUGGAGGGCAGUGUCUCCGAGUUGAGGUGUGCGCAUGAUACGGAGAUGGCAGGCUACCGCGGCGUGGUCGCUGGCAACUAUUUAUUUGUGUGUUGCUACCCGGAUGCAUGGCAAGACGCUGUGACGGAUGCCUUGAUGCGGAAGUAG